GCAGUCAGACAGGAACCGGCGGGCAGACGCAGAAUCACCGGCAGACGCAGAAUCACCGGCAGACGCAGAAUCACCGGCAGACGCUGAAUCACCGGCAGACGGACACUUGGCUCUGAAUUCAUCGGUCAUCAUCAUUCAGAGGCUCCCAGCAGGCAGGAUGAACGCGGAGGAGAUGAAGGAUGCUCAGAGCAUCAGCGGCCUGGAUGCAGCUCCGGCCGCUGCGGAUGCUGAUGCUACGGAGGCUGAUGUAAGCGAGGCCGACCUGGACCAGGAGGAGCAGGAGAAGCAGCCGAUGACAGCCGGCGGAGAGGGGCCCGUGGAGGCUCCACCUGAAGGCGGGGAGGAGGUGGAGGCGGAGAAAAAUGGCUCCGUGAAGCUGAAGAUCCUGGAUGAGGCGGAGGAGACGUUCACCGGGCUGAACAAGGAGGAGCUGCUGAGGGUAGCGGGGACUCCUGGGUUUUCCAUCCUGGAAGGUCUGGAGCAGAAGAUGGACAGUUUGUCCCAGCUGAAGGUGAAAGGUUUGGUGGUUGGACCGAUUCAUGUCGCUCCUCCAGACGAAGCCAUGAGCCUGAGGUUUGAGGAGAUUUCAGAUGAUGCUGGAUACCUGGACCAGUUCAGAGGUGUCCUACAGGCCGCCCACAGCAAAGACAUUUCUGUGGUUUUGGAUCUGACUCCAAACUACCGGGGAUCAUCUGGACCCUGGUUCUCCAGUAACAGCAUGACUAAUGUAGCAGAGAGGCUGAAGUCGGCCCUGGUGUUCUGGCUGAAUGAAGGCGUGGAUGGAGUCCAGCUCUCCGGAGUGGAGCAGCUGGCUAACGCGGCUCCGUCUCUCUGGGCCGACAUCCGGGCCAUCAUCCAGAACGGCACAGAUAUGGAUCCCAAACGUGGGUCAAAAAGACUCCUGCUCGGCGUCACAGAAAGCUCCUCGGCUGAAUACGUGUCCGCCCUUCUUUCCUCCACUGGAGUGGACCUUCUGAUAUCCAACGUGCUGACAUCAGGUGACCCUGAGCCUUCCCGUUACGCUGACACCAUCCAGACCCUGUACUCUAACGUCAGUCAGGAGAGGCUGACCUGGAACCUGGGGGGUCGGGUUGAGGGUCACCUGGCCUCCUUAGUGACCCAGGCUCAUGUCAGGCUCUACCAGCUGCUGCUGAUGACCCUGCCAGGGACGCCCGUCUUCAACUAUGGAGAUGAGAUCGGCCUGAUGGACGGGGACUCCAAGUUUCCCAAGAUGCUUUGGGACUUUGAAGAGGAGCUGAACGGGACUCUGCAGGAGGAUCAGAAAGAGAGGCUGUCGCUUCGCAACUUUUUCUGCUCUGUGAGCGAGCUUCGGGCUAAAACGCGCUCCCUCCUUUAUGGGGACUUUUCCCUCCUCUCUAAUUCUUCCUCCUCUUUGGUUUACCUGCGAGUCUGGGAUCAGAACGAUCGUUACCUGGCCGUCUUUAACUGGGGGACGGAGGAGGAGGCAGCGUUGAGGAUGAACCAUGCAGCCCUGCCUCCCCACGCUACUGUUGCCCUCAGCACCAACGGUAGCGCCCUUCCUGAAGGCAGCUCUGUGGACCUGAUGAGUCUGCGGCUCGGUCCAGGACAGGCCGCACUCCUCAAGCUCCCUUACUCUGGAUAGAAGAAAUGUUCACAAAGUUUACACGCUCUUAAUGUUCAUUCAUUUUAGCGUAAAGUGUUUCUGAGCCCUAAUGAGAAAAGUUUUCCACCUGAACUUUAAAAGUUCAGGUGGAAAACCAUCAGGUUUGAAAAAAAUGUAUUAGGCUCGAGUUAUUGUGCUGCAAACAUUGUGACUUCUGUUGUCUGCUUGAUCAUCAGUUCUCCAGGGAAGAAGAUACUUUGGGUUUGAUAAUUCAGCUUGUUUAAAAUGAUCUGUGAAAUCAAUGUUCUCUGUAAACAGGAGCUACGGCUUCAUGUUGUCAAUGUGCAGAAGGUUGAGGAGGUUUAAUAUAGAAAAGGGCCCUUCGGUAGAAAGAGUCAUGAAAAAACAAAGAGAUAAUUUACACAUUUACCUGUUUUGUUAAAUUCCAGACCAAACACAGGACAGAUCAAUUGGAAGCAGCAAUAUAAAGAUAAACUAAGAUGACAAGAAGAGGUCAGACUGAUGGAAGAUGAGGAUGAAGGAAAAGUAGAAGAAGAAGCAUCCAAUGAGGAUGAACUGAUGGAGGGGGGUGCAGAGAGGAAGGGAUGAGGAAGAGAUUAAAGGAAAAGAAGAGAAAGAGAGGAACUGCUAAAGCAAAGCUGAGCAGAAAGGUGGACGUCCCUUCAGCUCUGAGAUGCUGCUGAUCCAACAGUUAUAAACCUUAUUUUUGUGCUUUUUGGUCGUAUUGUCACAGCUGCUUUGUUUUAUGUAUGAAUCUUGUAUCUGAAACA